AUGUUCGGAAGCGACAAUAAUGUUUUCUCUUCCAGCUGUAAGAAAACACAAGCAAAGGUUGGAAAAGACUUACACAAUGCAGAAAGGACUGUACUGGGAAAUGAUUUAUCCGAAGCAGCAAGCACUGUAGUAGAAACUGACAGCAAAGAACAUAAAAAUGAAACCAGUGAGUCAGGGAAUGAGACCACCGAUAAAGAUAACAAUGUAACAAGUAAAAAAGCACCAGUUUUUGGGAGUGGUUCCACGUUCGGGAAUGCAUUUCAAGCCGCCAUUAACAAGAAAUCGGUAUUUGAAGAGUUGGAUUCUCGUGACACAGGAAAAAAAGCUGAUGAUACAACUGAAAAGGAUGUAUAUAAAAAAGUGCAUCUUGAGAAGCAAGAUGUGAAGUCGGGAGAAGAAAAUGAGGAAACCAUUUUCCAAGUAAAGGCUAAAUUGUAUCAUAUGGAACUUUCGAAGAUGUCUCUGGGAUGGAAGGAACGGGGAUUUGGAAUAAUAAAAGUGAACAGGUUUAUCAAGUCACCAGCAGAAAAUUAUACCUCCCGGCUAGUCAUGAGACAAAAUGGAAAUUUGAAACUAAUUUUGAAUCUUCCGAUUAUGAAUGGCUUUCAAGUAUUAAAAGGAAUGCCUAGUUCUCUGACAGCAAACAAAUUUAUAAGGUUACAAGUGCUCGAAGGUGGUGAGCCUGUACAGUAUGCAAUCAAGGUGGGCCAGCCUGAAAAUGCCGAAAAACUGUUUGGUUCUAUCAGAGAUCAAAUUCCGAAAUAG